AUGCUUCGCUGCGGAGUUGCGCCGCUACUGCGUGGGCGCUCGACGCGCUCCAUGUCGUUGCUGAGCUCAAUCUUCGGCAUCGGCGAGUUCGAGGGCGCGCGCAACACGUCGCUGAACCGCAGCACGAGCAAGCAGCAGGCGUACGACCUGGCACUGCUAGACUAUGUGAGCAUGAACUCGCACCCCAAGUUCAUGCUGCAGCAGAUACUGGAAGAUGACGCCCCGUUUCUCAUGGGCCACGUGCUGGUAGGCACCAGCCAGUGCCUCGCUUCGCUCAUGCACCAAGACGCGCUGGAUGCAACGACCAGACUCCACGUUGCAACGAAAAUUGUCCAACAAGGAGAAACAACGGUGAGCGAGAAGAUGCACGUGCAGGCGCUGGACGCGAUGGUUCACGGUCGUCAUCAUGAGGCUGCUGCUGUGUACGAGACAAUCUUGCUGCACGACCACAGAGACCUAUUGGCGUUGCGCUGCUGCUAUGAUAUUUACCUUUUCCUUGGACUGCCGUCUUGGUCGCCGAACGACAAUGGGUACAGCCUUCUGCUAGGCAUGCAGGCGUACGGAAUGCAGGCUGCGGGGCGGCUGGAUGCCGCGGAGGCCCUGGCGGAGAAGACGCUGUCCAUGAAUGGAAACGAUCGUUGGGCCUUACACACCAUGCUGCACGUGCUGGAAGCACGAGGCAACGCUAACCACGGAGCAAGCUACGCAAACCAACACAAGGAAGGCUUUGACAACGGUGGGCCACUGGAACGGCAUCUGUAUUUCCAGUGGGCGCUCUACAUGCUGGAUCUGGGACAUUAUGAUCGCAUCGACAAGAUGCUAGAGGUCAAUAUUUUUCCCUACCACCCUGAUGGUGCUCCUCACGCAGUAUCCACGCUUUGCGACGCCACUCAGCUCUACUGGAGAUUGCGCUUUGCAGGCCAAGAUACGACAGAAUUAGGCAACCAGCUUCUUCAAAACUGGUCUGCUGUGCUGUCACCUUCAGACUUGGAGACAAACGAAGUGUCGACAGCACGUCUGCACCCUCUUGCGAGGACGCGGUUUAAAGACGCAACUGAAGCUCUGUUGCCGGUGCGCGGAAAGCUUGGACUUCUUGGUGGGACAGAUGUAGACCAAGACGUGGUAGAACAACUCCUCAUCGAGUGGUACGACUACCUCUGUCUCACCUCCCAGAAUAACUUAAUAAGUUCUGUGUGUUAUCGUGACAGUGCAAGCAAGUGCGAUGACCUGAGGCUUGCCAAGCUUCUCCUCAACGAACGACUGAGUGCAAGACCGCAGAGUGCACAAUGCUGGAGCACCUUUUCACGCGUGUCGGCAGCGUCGGGAGAUUCGUCUGCUGUGCGUGACGCACAGGGCAUGAGCUACGUGCUGGGACUUGGUCAAGACGAUUCCCUCGAUGAUCUCUCGUUCCUCACUCACACAGUUUUCGCAUUUGCGCUCAGUGAGGCAUCAUUACAGCUCGAAGAUGUCAUUUACGCCAUCAAGAAUAACAUCGACCGCAGCAAAAUGACGUCGUCUGUGGUGACGCUUGAGGCUCUGGAGAGCGCUUUGGACACUCUAUUGGCCGUAUCUGCUGAGAAUGACUACGAGCAGAUCCAAGUGUUUGGUGCCUUCGACACACCGCGACUACACUUCAACAUGCACAACAACUCGUACGACCUGAGAGCAGAUACCCACCGCCGUCUCCACGCUGGACCAGAGGCGAGAAUCCAGCUCCUGAGGAACAGAUUCAUGUCGGUGGAUCUCCGUGUCAAGCGGAAUCGACUGUUUGCACCGCUAUCAGCUGCAGUGGCAAACACCAUCGAGUACAUGGAGCUAUCGCGGAUCGAAUCACUACUGGGUGUGAGUGGAGUACGACGCGUCAUUGGCAUGUUGGGGCAGGAUGAACGCAAGAGAUUUUACUUGGAAGACUUCACGUCGCGGAUCAUUAUCGACCUGACCAAUGCAGCAUACACGGACGGUCUCUUUACGAUCAAUUGUGUUGUAUUAGUGGAAGGUGAAGUCAUUGAUGACGUGCUUCAUGUUCAGUCGAUGGGGUUCCCUCCUCCAGAGACCAAAGAAGCGUCUUUGGAAGUCUUGGGAGGCAUUGACCCGCUGGGUGUGGAGGUGUCAGCGCAGCAACGGGAACAGAUCCGAGAACUGGAAGCCAGCGACCAUCACGCCGCGUUCAUUGUGUUGUCGGACGUUCAUCUGGACGAUCCUCUAGUCAUGAGCAAGCUGGAUGAGCUUUUCCAAGGUCUAGAGAGUGUGCAGCCCACGCUUUUCAUCCUCAUGGGUGACUUCAUGUCCACGUCGAUUGGGGGAGGUGCAGGAUCCAACUCGUUGCAAGAUUUGCGUGAGUACUUGGAGGAGCUCGGGAGUCUCAUUCUGAAGUACCCUGGCAUCGCUGAAAACUCACGCUUCAUCCUGGUACCGGGACCGAACGACCCGGGAUCGUCGCGUGCAUUCCCGCGCCACCCUCUACCUGAUCUGUGCACUCGCGAACUCAUCCGCAAGGUUCCGAACGUCACUUGCAGCACCAAUCCAUGCCGGAUCCGCUACUACACGCAGGACAUUGUGAUCUUCCGCGAUGAUCUCCAACAAAAGAUGCAACGACAUGCUAUCCUGCCACCGACGCCAAGUGAACAAGGAGAAGCGAUGGACGAAGAUGGUGAAACGGUCCACUCUGUCUCUCAAACGGAUAUCUCCAAGCAUCUGGCCAAGACUGUAAUCGACCAAGCGCAUUUGUGUCCGCUGCCACUGAUGGCGAACCCGAUCAAUUGGGACUUUGAUUCGUCGCUUCAGCUCUUCCCCGCUCCAGAUGUGCUCAUCUUGGGCGACUCGACCGAGCAAUACCAGCUUGGAUACUCGUCCAUUGGUGUCUUCCAUCCUGGGCCAUUCCAUGCUGACUACUCGUUCGUGUUCUACCGUCCAAGCACCAACACGACCGAGUUUAGUCGCGUCGAAUAAGUUCGUCAGGAAUAAGAUACUUCUUUCAGGGCACGAAGUAUGCAGAUAGUUUUCCUGAAGGUCUUGGGCUACUUUUUAGAGGACUUUAGAGGAUACUUGCUAGGUAUUAUAGUCAGAAUUACGUGAUAUUUUAACCUCCUC